AUGACUUACCGGCAGUUAGAAGAUUCUAUAAAUAAAUGGACUACAGAGUUAUCAGAACAAGAGAAAAUCUUUCUACAACAAGCUACUCAAGUUAAUGCUUGGGAUAGAUUAGUUAUGGAAAAUGGAGAAAAGGUAAGUGCUCUGAGUCAAGAUGUAGAAAAAGUCAAAACAGAUCAACAGAAGUUAGACCAUGAGCUAGAUUUUAUACAUUCACAACAAAAAGAAUUAGAGGAAAUGUUGGAACCAUUAGAGAAAAGUCUUGAACAACUUCCACCUAUUAGUUUUCAACAACAUGCUGAUUUACAACGAGAACAUACGUAUCAAAUGGCCGAGAGUAUAGAUGCCCAGAUGAAAAGAAUGGGACAAGAUUUAAAAGAAACAAUAGAAAGAUUAAAUGCUACCAAUUCUAAAACUGAUCCACAUGACCCAGUACAACAGAUAACUAAGAUAUUGAAUGCUCAUAUGGAUUCCUUAUUAUGGAUUGAUAGAAAUUCUGGUAAGAAUUGUUUAAUAUUAAGAUUCAAUGGUGGGAUUUAA